GUCGUCUGGUCUGUCGAGGGUUUUAGACUUUUAGGAGCCAAAUCAAAAACCUCAGUCGAAGAAGAAGAAUUUUUUAAGGGUGGGGGAUGGCUAUGUUGGUGAGACGAGCUCUGUCGUCGAGUCGAAAUGCGAUUGGGUUUCUCAGAAGAAGCUCCUCCGUUGUUCAGUCUCGCGAUUUCUUCUCCAUCUCUUCUUCUUCACCAAAUCUGAGGAUGAGGAUGAUAGGCAGCCGAGAUUCGCAAUCCGAUUUGUCCCAUAUGCCCGAUUUCCUCAGAGAUUCUUGUCGAGGCUUUGCUAAAGGCAAAAAAUCAAAGGACGAUUCAUCAGGAGCAACGGGGAUGGUGGACGCUUCUCCAGAUAUCGGGCCUAGCGUGAAAGCAGCUGCCUCUUCUCAGAUGGAGGCCGCCAUCGAUGCCUUGUCUCGUGAUUUAACUAAACUCCGUACCGGCAGAGCUGCUCCUGGAAUGCUUGAUCAUAUUGUUGUUGAAACGGGAGGUGUCAAGAUGCCUCUCAAUCACUUGGCUUUGGUCUCUGUCCUCGAUCCUAAGACUUUGUCUAUCAAUCCUUAUGAUCCCGAUACUGUGAAAGAACUCGAGAAAGCUAUUGUCUCCUCUCCAUUAGGAUUAAACCCCAAACUCGAUGGCCAACGUCUCGUCGCAUCUAUCCCUGCAUUGACCAAGGAGCAUAUUCAGGCAAUGUGCAAAAUUGUAACAAAGUCCAGUGAAGUUGUCAAACAAAGCAUUAGAAGAGCCAGGCAAAAGGCACUAGAGAUGGUAAAGAAAGCUGGGUCGAGUCUACCAAAGGAUGAAGUGAAAAGACUGGAGAAGGAAGUGGAGGAGCUGACGAAGAAGUUUGUAAAGUCAGCAGAGGACAUGUGCAAAUCCAAAGAGAAAGAGAUCACCCAGGCCUGACUCAUCAUUUCUAUCCAUCACUAGCUGAACAAGUUAAUUUAAGCCUUGAACAAAAGUUUGUUUGCUCAUUCAUUACGAUGAUCUUGUUUUGAAUGUUGUUGGUUAUUUCAUUUUGAAUUGCAAAUUGAUGGUGCCUGGGAGACAAAAAAAGAGUGCCGUUAAGGCCCUUCAAAGGUCACAUGAAAGGCCUUUUAGAAAAUGUCCAUUAAAGUAGGCUUUUGUUAAUUGAUGUUUGUUAUAUCA